AUGGCGUCCGAAGCGGAAACAAUCAAGCUACUGCUAGUGGGUGACGAGAAAUGCGGCAAGACGACGUUUUUAUCGCGGCUGAGCGCAGGCGAGAAUGUGAAUCCGAUACCGCUGCUGCGCGACAUUGACCAACCGUUUAUUUUCAACGCAAAUUUUGCUGAGAGAAGCUACCGUCUGGAAUUCUAUGACACAUCGAGCCCGGAAAAUUGGCGUCUGCUGGACCCCGACAUGGUCGUCAUCUGCUAUGACAUUAGCCAGCGGUUGAGUCUGCUGAGCAUGAAACGUUAUUGGAUUGAUGAAGUGAAGAAGUCGUUUCCUCGAAUCGACGGUCUGCCCAUUGUCGUCCUGGGCUUGAAGCGUGACUUGCGCUCCGAGACGGAUCCAAACGGCAUCAUUUAUCCACAAGAGGCCUAUCAAAUGGCGCAGAGUUUGAGAGCCGAUCGCUAUGUCGAGUGUUCAGCAUUUACAGGCGAGCUCAUCAAACUCGCGUUUGAAGAUAUAUGUUCAACGGCGGUAGAUACCACCAAGGCAGCCGGGGGGCAGAGCGAGGGCGGCUGCGCCAUUCUGUGA